AUGACGAAUCACCACGUGCGAAAUGCAUCGUCUGCUUCCUCCUCCUUUGCGAAUAGCAGGGGCUCGGCCGAGGAGCCAGACGAUACUCUCAAGCAACUACCCCUCCGUCCUGCCAGUGCUCAUAUCCGAGGGGGCCUUGGCAAUUAUGGACGGGGGAAUAAUUCGGGUGGUGGAAAUGAACAAGUAGUCGACAACGAAAACAUGGACAACGAUGACAGCAUGGGCAACGACGACGGCGAUGUCAGCAACAGCAGUGGCUUUGUGGCCCUUAGGCUGGAAUCGGAUGCCGAUGCACAAGCGCGGGUCCGGCUCCCGAAUCGCAACUGGCGCAUGACAAGAAAACAGAUCGUCGGCACCAAUGUUGGCGUACUCUUGGCCGUCGUGGCGCUUAUUGGCGUCGGCGUGUACAAGGGCAAUACCGGAACCACUGCUGGUAUUGUGAACUAG